UCCACACUCAACCUUAAUCCUUUCAUUCAUAAUAUUAACACAUUCAAAGAAUGGCAUCAACAACUGACAGUUUGGCAGCCUCACCUGCGUUUACAUUCUCUGCUUCCACAUUUCAGAAAUUACAUCCAACAGAAUAUUUUCGUAAAUUUAUUUCACAAGGUGUCCGCCCCGAUGGACGCUUACUCGACAGCUUUCGUCCAACGACGGUUCAUUAUGGUGUGAUCACUACAGCAAAUGGUUCGGCCAUGGUCCGUAUCGGAGGAACAACCGUUGUCUGUGGUAUCAAAGCAGAGGUUGCAGAACCCAAACUGGAUAGCCCUGACCAAGGUUAUCUCGUACCAAAUGUCGAUCUGUCCCCAAUUUGUUCAAGCGCCUUCAGACCAGGAUCUCCUAGUGAACAAGCGCAGGUCGUGUCAGAAGCCAUACAUCGUGUCUUGAAGGAGAGUAAAGUCUUGGAUUUAAAAGAUCUCUGUAUUGAAGAGGCAAAAGCUGUUUGGGCGUUAUGGAUUGAUGUCGUUUGUGUCAGUUAUGAUGGAAACAUAUACGAUGCUGCCUUGAUCUCUGUUAUGGCUGCACUUUUAAAUGUCCGCAUUCGCAAGCCAACAUACGAUGAAGGCAUAGUCAAAGUACCAGGAGGCGAAGCAAUUAAUGAUGAAAAUUCCUUCAAAUUGAACUUGACAAGGAUACCACUCAGCACAUCGUUUGUUCUUUUUGACACCGAUUUAACAUUGUUAGCCGAUCCCAAUUUUGCAGAAGAGUCAAUUACACAGGGUCAAAUUUCAGUAACGAUUGAUGAGCAUGGUCGACUUUGUAGAAUUUCUAAAGUCGGUGCCGCUUCAACUUCACAAUCAUUGUUGAAACAAUGUAUUGAACGGGCGAAAAUACGUAGUCAUGAACUUAGAUCCAUCAUGAAUCAACAAUAACUUGUAUAACCAUUAUAAAGAUAGGGGGAAAAAAAAGUGUGUGUAUAUUAUAAACAUGCGAUCGAGAGGGAAAAAACAAAGAUAAGAAGUGGGUGAUAUAGUGGCAUUAUGUCGGAUGAUGCUUAUGAGGAGAGAAAAAAGAUUAAUCAGACUGAAGGGUGGCCUGCAGUGCUCGCUUGACCUGAGCACACUUGUCCAUGAGCACCUGCACUGCUUGAACUAACAGAUCCUGAGGCUCAAUUGAUCCAACAGAUU